UUACCCGCUUUGUUGUGAAUCUGAGGAAAGCAGUUUUUACCAUCUGCCGGGAGCUGAGCGGAGAGCGAGGCUAACUUGGAAUCCGCGCCAUGGCUGCAGUGACCUAUGAGGAUGUGCAUGUGAAUUUCACCAAAGAAGAGUGGGUUUUGCUGCAUCCUUCCCAGAAGAGUCUCUACAAAGAUGUGAUGCUGGAAACGUGCAGGAACCUCACAGCUAUAGGCUACAAAUGGGAAGACCACAAUAUUGAAGAAAGUUGUCAAAGUUCUGGGAGAUAUAAAAGGAAUAAUAUUUGUCACUCUGGACCCCAGCCUUGUGAGUAUCAGGGAUAUGGAAAGAAGCAAUGUACUGUUGCAAGUAACAGUGUUCUUCAAACUUACGGAAGAGUCCAUACUGAAGAGAAAUCCUGUAAAUGUAAUCAGUGCAGUAAACCCAUUGCAAAUUUUAAUAGUCUCCGACAACAUGAAAGAAGUCAUAGUAGAAGAAAACUCUAUGAAUGUAAUUACUGUGGUAAAGCUUUUCCAAGUCGAAGUUCUCUUCAAGUACAUGAAAGAACUCAUACAGGAGAGAAACCCUAUGGGUGCAGUGAAUGUGGGAAAGCCUUUUCAACUCGCAGUCAUCUUCAAAUUCACCAAAGAACUCACACUGGAGAGAAACCCUAUGGGUGCAGUGAGUGUGGGAAAGCCUUCGCAAGUAAAGGUAAUCUUCAAACGCACCAAAGAACUCACACAGGAGAGAAACCAUAUUGCUGCAAUGAAUGUGGGAAAGCCUUUGCUACUCACAAUAAUCUUCAAAUUCAUGAAAUAAUUCAUACUGGAGAAAAACCCUAUGAAUGUAAUGAAUGUGGUAGAGCCUUUGCAUACAGCAGAGCUCUAGAAGCACAUGAGAAAACUCACACUGGAGAGAAACCCUAUGAAUGUAACCAAUGCAGCAAAGCCUUUGCAAGCCAUGCUAGUCUUCGAAAUCAUCUAAAACAUCAUACUGGAGAGAAAUUCUUUGUAUGUACACAAUGUGGUAAAGCUUUUACUAGUCAGAGUAUUCUUCACAGGCAUGAAAGAACUCACACUGGUGAGAAACCUUAUGAAUGUAAUCAAUGUGGUAAAGCCUUUGCACUUCAAAGUUAUCUUCAAAUACACAAAAGAACUCACACUGGAGAGAAACCAUAUGAAUGUAAUCAUUGUGGUAAAGCCUUUACAAGUCAUGCUAAUCUUCAAAAUCAUGAAAAACAUCAUACUGGAGAGAAACCCUAUGGAUGUAAGCAAUGUGGUAAAGCCUUUGUAUGUAGUAGCAGUCUUCAAAUACAUGAAAGAAGUCAUACUGGAAAUAAACCUUAUGAAUGUAAUCAGUGUGGUAAAGCCUUUACAAGUCGCAGUUAUAUUCAAAUACAUGAAAGAAUUCAUACUGGAGAAAAACCCUAUGGAUGCAAGCAAUGUGGUAAAGCCUUUGCAUAUAGCAGUAGUCUUCAAAUUCAUGAGAGAAGUCACACUGGGGAGAAACUUUAUGAAUGUACUCAUUGUAGUAAAGCUUUUGCAAGUCGUAGUUAUCUUCGAAUACACAAAAGAGUUCAUACUGGAGAGAAACCCUAUGAAUGUAAUCAUUGUGGUGAAGCCUUUGCUAGUCGUGCUAGUCUUCAGAAUCAUGAAAAACAUCAUACUGGAGAGAAACCUUAUGGAUGUAACCAAUGUGGUAAGGUCUUUGCACGUCGCAGUAAUCUUCAAAUACAUGAAAGAAUUCAUACUGGAGAAAAACCCUAUGGAUGUAAGCAAUGUGGUAAAGCCUUUGUAUUAAAGCGUGAUCUUCAAAUACAUGAAAGGAUUCAUACUGGAGAAAAACCCUAUGGAUGUAAGCAAUGUGGUAAAGCCUUUGUAUGUAGUAGCAGUCUUAAAAUACAUGAAAGAAGUCACACUGGAGAGAAACCUUGUGAAUGUAAUCAGUGUGGUAAAGCCUUUGCAAGUCGAAGUUAUCUCCAAAUACACAAAAGAGUUCAUACUGGAGAGAAACCAUAUGAAUGUAAUCUUUGUGGUAAAGCCUUUGUAAGUCAUAGUUAUCUUCAAGUACACAAAAGGACUCAUACUGGACAGAACCCAAAUGAAUGUAAUCAGUGUGGUAAAGCUUUUGUAAGUCACAGUUACCUUCAAAUACACAAAAGACUUCAUACUGGAGAAAAACCCUAUGAAUGUAAUCAGUGUGGUAAAGCCUUUACAUAUAACCGAGAUCUUCAUAGGCAUGAAAUAAUUCACACUGGAGAGAAACCCUAUGAAUGUAAUCAGUGUGGUAAAGCCUUCGCAAGUCAAAGUUAUCUUCAAAUACACAAAAGAGUUCAUACUAGAGUGGAACCAUAAGAAUGUACUCACUGUGGUUAAAGCCUGUGCAUAUCACACUAGUCUUUGCAAUCACAAAAAAUUUUGUACUGGAUAGGAUUAUGGAUGUAAUUGAUGUAAUAAAAGUUUGAUCAUCAGUAUAAUCUUGAAACACAUCCCAGAGAAAAGUCAAUGUCAUAGUGUCUCUGCGUGUCAUAGUCUUCUCCAAAAUCAUGAAAGCAUUCCUACUGGAAAUAAUCACUAUGAAUCUAAUAAAUGCACUAAAGCCUUGCACACCAAGCACAUAUUUCCUACUGAGCCAUCUUCUGGUGCUUAUAGAAGAUUAGCAGAACUAUUUCAUCCUUCAAAAAAAUUGUUUUCUUAUUAUAUACAAAUUGUCACCCAAGAAUAGAACACCACAGUAAUUUGAAAAAUAAAAACCUACUUACAAAUGAUAA